AUGAAGUUGGGCCACUUCAUCAUCUUCGUCUUUACAUUAUCCUCAUCAUUCGUCUAUUGUUCAGAAUAUUCUAAAAGGUUGAGUGCCAAAAUAUCAUCAGUCAUCUCACCAAGGUUCUACAAUAACAACAAUGGUGGCUCUGCUGGUGGUUCUUCCAGUAGUAAAGUGUUUGAUAAUUAUGUUUAUGGACAAACACCCGAUUUUCAUGUUCAACAACAACAACAACAACUGAAUAAUGAUCGAGCCCAAGCGCAAGCUCAAGCAGCCCAUGUGAUUCCUCCCGCCCCUGUUCCCAAACAAUAUGAACUUCCACCAUCACCCAUGAUUUACCCUCCUAAAUUACCAUUUCCUCAAUGGUUGACUGAUUUUACGGGAUUACAUGAAUGGCCAGGAUUAGAUCCGCCAUAUAUCCCCUUGGACUUCAUUGAUUUCAACAAGAUUGUCCCUGUUCCACUCCAUCCACAAGCUAGUUGUUCAGCAAUGACAUUGCGAUCACCGGCAUCAUGCUCAUUUGAUUGUUUCAAUUGUGUUGAGUUUGAUGAUGUGUAUACAUGUCCUAAGUUAUCUCAAACUUUUGAUGAUGGACCUAGCCCAUACACUUCUAAACUUCUUGAUGCAUUAGCCAAAUCACAAACCCAAACUACUUUUUUCACAUUGGGAGUCAAUAUUGUUCGAUUUCCCGAGAUUUACCAAUCUGCUAGCUCUGCUGGCCAUAUAAUGGGAUCACAUACAUGGUCACACAAGUUUCUUCCAGCAUUGUCGAAUCAAGAUAUAAUUGCUCAAAUUGAAUGGCUGAUUUGGAGUAUGAAUGCAACGGGGUUCCAUUUACCUAAAUGGUUUAGACCCCCCUAUGGUGGCAUAGAUAAUCGAGUGAGAUCUAUUCUAAGACAAUUUGGUAUGCAGGCGGUAUUGUGGAAUUUUGAUACUUUUGAUUGGAGGAUGCUUGACCAUUCAAAUAUGAGGAAUGAGCAGGAUGUUUAUAAUGAUGUGAAGAACUUCAAGCAACAAAGAAAAGGAGGAGGAGUAAGUGGUGGUGGUGGUUCAGGGGGGUUAAUUUUGGAACAUGAUGCGAUUCAACGUACUGUUGAUGUUGGGAUUGAGAUAUUGGAGAAUGUAGUUGGUGGUGGUAAAGAUCAUCAAUUGACAGUACCGAAAUGCGUUGGAGGAAUUGACUAUAUAAAAUCCUUUCCAAAAGAGGGGAGUUAG